AUGUUUCACAGAAAAAGUAGCUUGGGUACCAGAAAAGUCUCUCCGCCUCAACCAACGGUUAUGAGUGCAGAGCAGAAAUUAAAUUAUCUUGAGAGUUUGCGAAGCUAUCGACCAGCAAGACCUACGGGAUCACGUCCUCCCCCAUUCGCCUCCAGAAACCAUGUCUUGCCCACGCAGACUUCUCUAACCAGAUCUGAUUCGGAGCCCGUGAUAUGCUCACCCAAGAACGACCUUCAGCAUGAUCAAGCUGCCCUGCAUGAAGUACAGCCUCAUACCAUCCACAAGUCAAGCUCGUUCUCUAUUCCAGAUGCCUCCUCAAAAGGCCGGCCCCUAGUUCAGCCGCCCGGCAACGUCGCCCCGACUCUACGAGGCAGAAAGGUAUCUCCAACAGCCACGAUUCAAGUGCCUACUUCAGCAGAAGAUGGCGCAUACCUUGAGUCAGUAACCAGAAAGAUUGAAAAAGAGGAAGCACAUAAACUACGAGAAGAGUUAGAAUUCAUUGAUCACAAGGAUGAGGAAACCAGACUGUACUUCGCUGCACAAGAUGAGGCCGCCGAUCUAGUAUGGAAGCAUCAAAACCCCAAUGCUGCAGAAGAAGAGAAGACUGCUGCCUACCGGAACCCGGACCUCAAACUCAAUGAGCAGAGACGUGUCAGCAGUCAUAGGAAAGCUAGCAGCUCAAGGAAGGUUUCCUUCCCGAAUCCUGAAUCUCAGAUAUAUGAGGAACCAGAAGAGCAAGCCCAACCAAUCCAGAAGACUGUCAAGCCUCCAAGCACGGAGCUACCUUUGAGGGUCAAAUCUACCAACACACUUCCAUGGUUGAGAAAGAAAGCAUCUCCAAAGCCAGACACAGCCCCCUUACCUGACCACAAGAAGUACGACCGAUUCGAGAUCCACAGAAACGUACCAACACAGUCGCGGGACGCAGAGUAUACGGCCAACACAUCCCCACGACCAGUGGCAAUAGACACGAUCGAAGAGGUGGAAACUCCAAAAUCGCUGCCAGUUUUGGAAAUAAGGAGCGAAGACAUCCGGGCCGCCACGAGCAUGAAGAGAAAGGACAGAAGUCCCAACCUUCCAACGCCAGUUGCUGUGAGCGACCACCUUGGCCGACCGAUUGUCAGUUUCGAUCCAUCAUGGAAGCCUAUCAGCAAUUCACCACGCAAUAGUCAAGAUAUCGACAGACCCGUGAUCAAACUGACAGAGUCUCCGACCACGCAAAGAUCCACCGAGAGGCCGUUACCCAGACCCAUACCUGCAAUACCAGAAGUCACCGUAUCUGCUCCAGCUGUUCCUACGGUAUGCCUCCCAGAGGACGAGCCUUCCCCGAAGCCAUCUUCAUCUGUGCCGGUGUUCAGUAUAUCUCCAGCACCUCCCGUGCCGACGAUAAAUCUACCAGAUGAAGGCCCGCAAAUACCACAGAUCAACAUAGAAGGUGAAGACACCGAGUCAUCCACAAUUCCAAUUAUCAACCUGCCGACCGGGACCAUCCAGCCUCCUAGGCCGCUACCAAGACACGCAGCAACAGCGCCAGUAGCUGCAACAUCCACGUCAACGAUCCACAAGACGCCCUCGGCACGCAUACCAUGGCUGAACCGUCACACCAUACCAACAGUAUCCUGCUCGAGCUGCGCCCUCCCCAUCUCAGGCCGCAUCGUGACCGCAUCUGGCGGCGGCUCCAACGGCGUCAAAGCCCGCUUCCACCCCCAAUGCUUCACAUGCCAUCAUUGCGCCACCGCACUCGAAUGCGUCUCCUUCUACCCGGAGCCCGAAGAGAAACGCCUCCUCCGCCUCGAGGAGAUGGGCAUUAAUCCUGAAUCUCCCGAGGCAGUCAACGAUCCCCUACGGUUCUACUGCCACUUAGAUUUCCACGAGUUUUUUUCUCCCAGAUGCCGCUCCUGCAAGACGCCGAUAGAAGGCGAGAUCAUCGUCGCCGCCGGCGCAGAAUGGCACGUCGGUCACUUUUUCUGCGCCGAGUGCGGUGACCCCUUUGACAGCACCACACCGUUCGUCGAGCGCGAUAAUUACGCCUAUUGUGUGAGUUGUCAUACGAAACGCACGUCGGCCCGGUGCAGGGAGUGCAAGCAACUCAUCCAGGAUGAACUAACCGUUGAAGCGCUGGGCGGGAAGUACCACGAGCACUGCUUCAUGUGUUUCGAGUGUGGUGGUGGUUUCGGCGAUGAUGGUCGUUUCUUCUUGCGUGAUGUCCCCGUCGAGCCUACGGAUAAGGAGAGAAGAAGAGGGAUCACAAGCAAGGUCGAGGAGAAGGCGGUUUGCGGCCCUUGUGAGGAGAUGAGAUUGAAGGCUUGA